CACAAACUGCUCUACUAUAUUUUUUUGUUUCACUUGUACGUUUGACACGCAUGUCUCUGUAUAGUCAUGUUGUUGUUGCUUCUUGGAUUUUGUUUUUACUUUUACUAUCAACGUUUGUUGCAUAUCCCCAAACACUUUCAGGUCAAGAAUCUUUCAACGAAAUUGCAAAUAGGCUCAGCAAGCCACUGAUCAGUGAUGAUGGGAAGGUUUAUGUGUGCUCAGAAAAGAACUUUUUUGCCUUUGAAAGCAAUGGUUCUGUCUCGUGGACGUGUUCUCUUAGUUACAAAUGCAGUCCAAGUAUAGCUCCAGUUCUAGGGGAAUCAAGAAAGGCAAGGCUUCAGGCUUAAUCACUUCAAUUAAUUAUACCUCAAAUGCUGGAUGAUUAUAAUCUUAUAAUGAAUUUGUGAAUCCGAUAAAUGGUUUUAUGAAGUGGCGUUUUGCUGAGGCUUUCCUCAUUCACCUAAAAUAAGAUUGCUAUAUAAAUGCUAUUAUAACUUUUUGUUUGUCCCUCUUAGGACGAGGCAAAGAGUAGUAGACGUCAUGCCUGUACGUUUCAACAGUUCUUGAUUCUGGAGUUGUUAACCUCAGAGUUGGCAAUGUCCCUAUGAAAAUGCGGAUGUUGUUAACUCAUUAGUUCGUUAUUUUUCUAAUGGUUCUCUUUAAAAUGUUAAAAGUUCUUCCCUUGUCCAAAUUGGCUAAUUUCCUUGUUGAUAUUUUUAAUCAGAUUUUUUUCGUCAUUAUAUGUCAAAACUUUCUCAUUUAUUUAGCCUUUUUUCUUCAAUUAACUGGUACUACUUCUUUUAGUUUUUCUGUUUGGUUACUAAUUAUGCAAAGCUAGUUUUGGUAGAUAUAUGUGGUUGCAGAAGACAGAGUGUUGAAGAUCAACCCUUUGAAUGUGGGAAGUUCUGGAAUAGCUGUAGAACUGUUCUUUGGUACAGAAUCUGAAAGACCAGGGGAGAUUAUUGGCCUUGCAGUAAGUAUUUCCAGUUCCUGUGUAUAUAUCAAUGUCAAAAACCGGGGUCUCUUUGCUUAUCGGUUGCAAGGAAAGCUGCACUGGAGUGUUGGCCCGGUGCUUUAUCAGCAUGGAUAUCGUCAAGGUUGCAGGAAAAACAUCACAGAAUGUUAUUUCUCCUCCGUCCCUGUGUUUGAUCAUUGUGAAGCUAGUAUAUAUAUCUCUAAUAAUGAAGGAGAAAUUUAUGCUCUGUCAACUCAUAGUCCACAUUUCAAAUGGAUACAAGAUUUCAGUUCAUUCGGAAGUACACUUACCAUGACAACUGGUAAUAAUGGUGUAUUGUAUGUUACUGUAGCAGCUAAAGCUCUGGUGCUAGCAGUUGAUGUUUCCAGGGGAAUCAUUUUGUGGCUGAAAAGCUUUGGACCGCUAAGUACGGGAGAUUAUGCCCCUGCUGUUGAUUCUAAUGGUUGGAUAUCUAUUGGUUCGUUGGACGGGUACCUCUAUUCGUUUUCACCAAAAGGAGUUCUCAAAAAGUUCCCUAAAGUGCUCAACAUGGAUUCUGUAAUUCAAGUCAGUCCUGUUCUAGAUUGCUCAGGAUAUGCAAUCUAUGUUUCUCAGACACAGAUUGAAGGAAAGAGUACUCGGAUAAUUGGAGAUUACACUUACAUCUCCGGGAUGAAACCAGAGGGUGUUAUCUUCACACUGAUUAAUCCAGUUACUGGGACCAUAUUUUGGUCUGAAAAAUAUCCUGGCCAAUUCUCCUCGGAAUUUUUGAGAAAUGACCUACAACAUUUUCUUCUGGAUGAAAGUGUCCUCCUCGGUUUUUUUGCAGCUUCAAAUAUUGGGAACCCACUGCCAUGCCGAAGCUCACGUCAUAAGUUUGCAUUAAGCUGCUCACAGAUUACAUUCAAGAAUUUCAACGCAGGAAAUAAGAAGACAAUUUUUCUGUUUCUGAUCUUUGAAUCUAUCAUAUUGAUAGUACUAGCAGUAGCAGUAAGAUAUUGCUGCAUGUUUUGGAAGAAAAAGAAGCUUCAAAAUCAAGAUCUUGGGAAAUUCUUGGAUAAAAGAAGAUUACUUCGACUUCAGAAGAAAUCUUUUGACAAAUCAAUCACAGAGCUGCAACGAAAGGUUGCUGAGGAAGCAAUAGCCAAUGAGGUAUUGGAAAAAUUAGGCAAUCUAGUUAAAGAAAGGGAAGGCAUACAUAGGAAGCUCUCGACAUCAUACAGUUUGGGAAGGGAUGAAGUUGGUUCUCAUUCAGCAUCCCUCCUUCCCUUGUCUGAUCGCAAAACACGGAGCUUCUCAUUUCAAGGAGCAAAGAAAGAGAGUGUUACUUUGUUUCAUACAGUCAGUGGUACUUCUUCUGAAACUAGCUGGAGCGGAAGGGACUCCGACACGAGUAUAUCUGAAGAUGAAGAGGAAACAUACAAGGGAAAGUCACCUAUUGAAAUAUCCAGUUGCAGUGAUGAUGAGAUUUAUCACGAAGAAUAUCAGUCCAGUAAUCCAUCUUUCUUUGCUUCCAGUUCGAAAUACGCUGAAGAAAUAGAGGAAAUGAAGCCAGGAGAUCAAAAGGACCCUUUGAUCUUCCCUUACAGAACUGCAAUACAAGCAUAAGGAAGAGGAAUUCAUACUCAAGUAGCUAGGCAUUGCAUUAUAUAGUUCUCCGACAAUGCCUUUGUUCAACUUUAGUCCAAUACUGACGCUGAAAUAGCCAAAAAGGUUUUUAUUGUAUUGGAAUUCCACAACUGCAUAAGAUUUGGUCUCGUUCGAAUAUACCUUUGGUUAAUUGAUUGCAGCAGAAGCACAAAAAAAAAAGUAGCUGCUACCUUGGUAAAAGGGAUUGAGAGAGUAGUCUUUUCUCUCUGCAUUUCCUUCUCUUCUCCCACUGUUUAUGCAGGAGAGAAAGUGGGGGUGUAUUGGUAGCUUAACAGAAAAUUUUGUUAGGUUCAUCACCAUUGGCAAAUGUAGUAUGGUUCAGUC